GAUCACGACAUUUUGCUUUGAAGUCGAACCUGAAACUGUGGGAAUCAUUUGGAAACUUGGAGGUCAUUCCAGCAGCUCUUCAUCCCGAGAGGCAAAUGUCCAGUCCACUAGAGCGGGUUGUAGCCCAGAAGAAGGAGGCCAUUGAAGCCCUAAUGGAGAUGUUUGAGAGAGGAGCCGAGGUGCUGGCCAGCGCUGUUGGGGAGCUGUGUCCUCUUUUUGAAGCUUCUGCUCCAGUUUUGAGGCUGGUCUUGGACAAUGUGGAAAGCAAGGAGGUCACGUAUGUCAAAGAGCAGUUUCUAGUUGUGAGGAGCAGAUUGGAUGUCCUAUCAUGUCAGUUACAGGACAUUGAUUCUGAGAUCAGAAGGAGACGUUUGGAUUCUCAGUUCUUCUCUGUGGAGGAAAAUUUGCGGAACCAGUUUAGAAAAUACAUAGACAUUCUGGAGGCUAAACCUGAGUAUAAAGAGGUCAAAAAACGCUUGUUCUUAGAGCAUUUUUUCAUAACAGGUGGAGAGAAAAACCUCUGUGUGCUUUAUGAUGCUGUGAUGGGGAACAGCACAUUUGGGGAGCCAAUCCUGGAUGUUGUGGAACAAUACGAGGCCAGAAACAGAAGGGUCCUGGAAGACUUCUGCGUCAGGCUGAAGGAGCUGCUCUGUUUGGGAAUCAUCGCUCUGCUGGGAUAUUGUUUCCUUACUCAGGGUGAGGAAUCAGAGCAGGUGAAGAUUCAAGAGUGGAGCACGAAGAUCCAAGAAAUUGAGAUGAAAAUGAAGGAAACGAUAGAGAAAUGUGUGCAUUCGUUUCCAGAGCAAGCUGAACUGGACAUCAAGAGGCUUGUGAAGGAGAAAGAAGAUGGGAACCUUCAGGAAACGGCCCAGGAACUGCUGGACUUCCUGGUGAAGAAGUACGACUGGGUGAGCUGGUCCAUCAGAGCCAUUAGUAACUUGGGUAAAAUUAGCAACUUGAGAGCUGGACAAAACUUUCAGUGUGUGGCCGGACAGAAUUAUUUUGAAAUAUCUCAAGGAAAUGACACCAACCUGGUGAUCUCGUUCAGCGGCAACCCUCAGCCUGUGCCCAACGAGAGCGUAAAACAGACGAUAGAAGGUCCUGCGAGGAAGAGAGACGCCAAAGCUGUUGUGGAGCUUCUGGAGAAGGAGUUAGCUGGGUUUCUGGUUCAUGCCAUCAGUCGACACAAGGACAGCUUUACUCUGUCGAGUUUUCCUGAAGAAUGUCACUACUGGGAGAAACAUAAGUACAUGAAUGUGUGUGUGCAUUCAGAGUAGAUUUAGACAAACAAAUAAUUACUACUAUUAUAUUUAUCAAAAACUUUGAAACUAGCACUUUUACAUUUUUAUCAGCUUCUUGGACUCUCAUUCUGAUGGCACCCAUUCUCUGCAGAGGAUAGGUUGACUAUUUUGCUUUAUUACUGGGCAUGCUUGCAUCAUAAUGUUAUAACUGAAUGUCUAUCUGAAAACAUUCCCUUUAAAUGCAGAAGACAGCAAACAUGUUAAGUGCAGUCAAAACAAAUGCUUUGUAGUAAUAAAUACAAAUGCUUUUUAGUAAUAAAAACUGAAGCAAUAUGACUGGACAAUACUGGCAAACAAAUGUGCUUCCCCAUUUAGCCUGCAUGAGAAUAACAUGAGCUGACAGUAUCUGUUCCUCAUCAGCCAUAAAAAAAGCCCACAGCAAGACGUCUCAGGAAACUAAUGCAUGUCUUGCACAGCCAAGAGCACAUGAUGUUAGACUAACAUAUACCCUUUAAAAAUUCAUGGCAGUUCAAAGUUGAAUUUAUACAUUCCCAAGAAACAGUCUUAAGCUUUUUUCAAGA